AUUAAACAAUCCAACAUAGCUGUCAAGAGAGUUUCCAUGUGUAUGCUUGACCUCACAGCUUCGUAUUCUGCCACGAUCUCUUGUGACGUAUUCAGUUCGGAUAAUCUUUUGCCGACUUUGGAAUAGAACUGUACUUUGGAGCGACUUUGUCUCGGGGCACACGCCGGCGCGUGUCAAGAACAAGCCUCUUGCAACCACCGUCGAGAUGUGCUAGUAGAUACCAGCCUUUCUUCAGAUUAUUGUAAGCAUCCUUUAGCGAUGGCACCUGUAAAUGUUGGACACGCUUCCGCGGAGCAAGCAGUCAUCUGCAUAGAGGAAGUCGACGAUGGUCGCCAAUACAAUUUUUCCUUUAAGCGUCUAUUGAAAUUUAUGGGGCCGGGAAUCCUCAUGUCCAUAGCCUAUGUGGACCCAGGCAACCUCGAAAGCGACCUACAAGCCGGGGCCCAAGCGGGAUACGUGCUGCUAUGGCUGCUGCUAUUCAGUACAUUCAUGGGCCUGGUGGUUCAGAUGCAGGCCGCCAAGCUGGGGGUGGUCACCGGACAGCACCUGGCGCAGCACUGCAGGCAGCAGUACCCGCCCGUCCCCCGCAUCGCGCUGUGGCUGAUGGCGGAGGUGGCCAUCAUCGGCAGCGACGUGCAAGAGGUGAUCGGCAGCGCCAUCGCACUGGCGCUGCUCAGCGGCGGGCGGCUGCCGCUGUGGGCGGGGGUGCUGCUCACGGCGGCGGACUCGUUCGCGCUGUUGUUCAUUGAGAAGCUGGGGAUACGGGUGCUGGAGGGUUUCUUCGGCGGCAUGGUGGGGCUGAUGGUGGUUGCAUUCGGCGUCAUGUACGGCCGGGCGGAUGUGCCGCUGGGGGAGGUGGUGCGGGGCUUCACAGUGCCGCGACUGCCGCGGAAGGAUGUGCCGGUGGCUGUCGCGCUGAUGGGAUCGCUCAUCAUGCCGCACAACAUCUACCUGCACUCGGCGCUGGUGCAGACGCGGCAGCUGGGCAGCGACCGGCCGGCCGCCAAGCGGGAGGCGCUGACGUACUUUGGGAUCGAGAGCGCGCUGUCGCUGGUGGUGGCGGUGGUGAUCAACCUGUUCAUCACGGCCGUGUUCGCGGCGGGGUUCUACGGCGCGGGGUUGCCGGAGAUCGGGCUGCAGAACGCGGGGCGGUACCUGGGUGACACGUACGGACAGCCGGUGGUGUACAUCUGGGCUCUGGGGCUGCUGGCCGCGGGUCAAUCGUCCACCAUGACGGGCACCUACACGGGGCAGUUCGUCAUGGGGGGAUACCUGGACCUCAAGGUGUCCCCCUGGGCCCGAGUGGCGCUCACCCGCGCAGUGGCCAUCGCGCCCACGCUGGUGGUGGCGCUGCUGUGCGGCACCGGGGCGGGCGGUGGCGGCAGCAACAAGCUCGACCAGCUGAACCAGGCGCUCAACCUGCUGCAGAGCAUCCAGCUGCCCUUUGCGCUGGUGCCGGUCCUCACCUUCACCUCCUCCCGAGCCAUCAUGGGCGAGUUCGCCAACUCCCUGCCCCUCACCCUCCUCUGCUGGGCCAUUGCCGGCGUGGUGGUGAUGAUCAACAUGCUCGCCGUGUACGAGGUGGCGUACGAGGCGGUAGUGGCCGACCCGUGGGUCAGUGGGCUGGUGCUGGCGGUGCUGGUGGUGCUCUACUUGGCGCUGGUGGGCUACCUGGUGUUUGGGCCGCAGUCGCAGCUGGGGCAGUGGGUGCGGUGCUGCAGGGGGUGUGUUGCAGGACGGCAGG